AUGAGUUCAGGCUGGGCUCGGUUCAAGGUUCUUCACAGUUUUGAACCCCGUGAUCGAAGAGACAUUGCAAUUCACGAAGGGGAUAUAAUGAUUGUAGCAAGGCCUGUUUUGGAUUAUUCAGACUGGUUAACCGGAGAAAACACAAGGACUGGCGAGGUAGGGGAGUUUCCAGGAACCUAUGUAGAAUAUAUUGGUGAUAUAGAAGACCUUCCUCAAGAAAAGAACGAUACGCCGCCUGUUCCUCCACCUCGACCUCCCAGAAUCAGCAAGGUAACAGCUCCAGGUAUGUACACAACAAGUUAAGUUGUGACUUCUAACCUGCUGAGUUUAUACGAGCUGUUUUAUGAACGAGGCUUAACAUUGUACUUCAUUUUUUUUGAAAGAAUCUAAAACAAUAAUUGCUCCUUUGCAAUAAACAGGAAAAAAACAAGUCUUUCAUCGCUCCGAUUUCGAGAAAAUAUUCAAAACUGCAGCAUGUUCAUUUUAAAACAAGGUAAAGUAGAAUGAUAGCUUCCUUGAAGCAUCUUUACACAGGAAGUCACUGACAUCGUACUUAGAGAAGGUCUUUGUUUUCUUGAAUUGCCUUUGUUCUGUUAUUUACAAUCUUUGGUGUUUUUAAGGGUUAUUAAAACAGCAAUUAAACAGGGUUUUUUAAUAUUAUGCAUGGAUUUAUAUAUUAAUUUUGUUAGCAUACUUUUACAUAAUCUAAAUUCUGUGCAUAGAAUACACAUACUAUGCUGGGCUCACACUCAUCCUUCAAGAUGUUUCUGAGUGUAUAUGAUUAAAAUAAUGCCUUUCAAAUUAGUGUUAAAUGAAUGUAGUGUACAGCUGUAAGUUUUGGCAAUGAUUUUGAACAUUAUUAAAGAUGAUUAUAACAGUUCAAGACUUCUUAGUGCACAGAGCAGAUCAGAAAUGAUGGUAUUUUGUGUAUCAAUCAAUUUUUGCAGUUCUUUCGCAGCAUUCACUUGCCAAUGGUGACUUACUUUUUAUACCUUUGUUCCGGGAAGCCUAAAUUCAUACACUGUAAAAAUUAUAUAAAUCAACUAAGAACCAUUUGGGCUCCCUAUAAUUUGUCAUAGAUCACAGCCUUUGUUAAGCUUUAUGUAGCGGCAUCAGCUCCAGUGUCGGAGAGAUCUGUGAAACUAAUAGAAACUAAGCGACUCACAGGUUCCACAAGGCUGGGGUUUAUUGUGCCAACUUUUACAGCGAUCCCGUUGUAGGAAGUGUUGGGGCGAACGCUCUAGUAGGUUCUGAGUUCAACAGCAAUAAAGAUGUUUCUUGACAUGGUUACCCAUCGAAUUUCUGUGAGCCUUAAGAAAACUACGCACGUGUAGUGAUAUUUAAGCUAAGGUCACGUGACGGGUAGUGGAAAAUCAUUGUGACGUAAAAUGUGGUUACAAUAAAGAAAAGAGCUAAAAAUACAACAAAACUAAACUAAGACACAUGGGUGCCAUUACAUUUAUGUCCAGUGACGAGCACCUAAUUUCUCCUUACAUUGUCGCCGCUUAAUUUAACAGAAAGGUUGUGAAAAUAAAAGAAAUGAUCAUCAAAGAUAGGGCAUAGAUAUCCAUGAUAAUAAUGGACGCUUGUUUAUAUAAGGAGGUAAUGGUGACAUUGGAGAGUAUUCCAUGAGAUAUCCAUGCGCAGAUGAGAUAAAGCAUUUGUAAAGAUUGGGUGUAAGAGUUUCACAGUGGUAGACCCAGGUCGAUUCAGCAGAGCAGCACUCAGGGUGGUAAAGUAACUGAGGAAAAUGUGUUGCCUUUCUUCUAGCAUCUACAAAUGGUUGCACCUUUUAGUGUCUUCUUAGAAAAGGACAAUAAACAGUAGGCUCCACUUUGCAACACUUUUGCUGAUGUAACUAUUGUGGGAUGCAGAAGAACCAUACUGGCAUGCUACUGUUCAAAGAGAGUAGAGGUCUUAGACCCUGGUGGCAUUGUCAGCCUUUAGCUUGGGUUUUUCUAGCUUUGGCAGUUGCCCUUCAGCUUUCAAGCUGCCUAUUUUGUAAACAUGUAUAACCGCUUUUGUCAAGUGAAAGGACCAUGAUAAAGUAUGAGACACAUAUAUAGCUUAGGAACGGUUAGAGGCUCUAGAAUUGAUUUACUACAUUUAGUGGAUUACAGUGGAACCCCGUUCAUUCAGUCAACAAUGGGCCCAAAAAAUUGGCCGUAUUAACAGGUGACCAAAUUAAUGAGGGUUUGGCUGGGCGGCAAAAAAAAGUGGCCGUAAUAAUGACGUAACCAUAUUACCGAGGUGGUCGUAAGGCGGGGUUCCACUGUAUCAUCAGAACCAUAAUAAUGAGCUUAAAAUGUUGUAUUCAAGCAUUUUUUAAAAUGUUUACUGUAUCUGUGCUCUUUUUUGUAGAUGAGCAUUCUUUGGCUGAAACUCCCGCAUUAACACCAGCUUGGUGUUAUCAGUGUAAGUGUUCAUAAAAGGUUUUAAAGUCUUAAAAAAUGACAAACAUUUGAAACUUGAACAAUCAAUCUGCACCUUGCACUGACCGCAGCAGGAUUCGCUCAGUUGGUAGAGUGCUUGACUGCAUCAGAUUGGGAGGCUUCAGGCUGCAUUCCUAGGACUAAACCAAUUCUUAGAGUCUUAGAAUAACUGAAGGUACUGCUGCUAGCACCUUUAUGUGGCUCAGAUGGCCACGUAAAAAGCAGUCCCUUCUCAAAUACGGGACAUAAAAAUAGUGGCUCCAGUUAGCUUUUUUGUAAUAAUAAUAACAGUAAUAAUAAUAAUAAUAAUAAUAAUAAUAAUAACAGUAAUAAUAAUAAUAAUAAUAAAACUUAUAUAGUGCGGAUGUCAAUAUUGCUAUUUUCAUCGGUGCUUUUGUGCUAAAUAUAUUGAUAUGUACUUGCAGAAAGUGCCUGUUGGGAAAGCAGUGAUAAGGGUUAGGGUUAGAGUUAGGUUUAUUCAAUUUAAAGUCCCAAUUUUGGCCCCUUUAUCUACCUUUGGAGGGGAUAUUUUGUCAUGGAGCCCUUUAGUUAUAUUUUACAUUCAUCUAGGGUGAAGAUUAAUGGUGGAUGCCACUGUAACAUACCUUUAUGUCUGAGUUUCAUUGUUGAGAAACUGUUGUCUUAUUUUCAGGUGAGGAUUUUAUUUGGGGAGUUGAAGACAAGGUUUCCAGAUGCUUAAGUAAGUUUUUGUUUCUAUAACAGGCUGGCUGACCACCUGUUGAAAAACACAAUUUUGAGAUUCUUACAAAUGUAUAUUUCCACUUUCAUGUAACACAUUCAUUUAUCAGGAAUAAAUAUAUUCAGGAACAGCUGAAACCACGGUGUAAAUAGUCUGGGAAUACAGCCAACACUUCACGAUGUCACAACAACUCGUUUCUCCGCAAAAUGUCCUCUGAGAAAUGAGUGUAGAAAUUCCAUACUGAUGGCAUGUCACCACCCAGAUCUGGGUAGUGCUUUUGAUUGAUUGUGCUAUGAGGAAAAUUUGCUUCAACCAGACAGAAGUAUUACCCAGAUCUGGGUAGUAACAUGUCAUCAGUUUAGAAUUUCUGUGCUUGUUCGUCAGAUCUCAAUUCAUGGGGUAAUGUUGGCUGUUUUCUGAGGCUAGGAUUUCAAGAAUUUAACGUUUGGUAAUAACUUGUAUUUUCAUACAGGAUGUGAUUUGUCAUGGCACUGCAAAUGUCCAGUAGAACUGUCAAGGUUUCCUUGUGAAGUUCUUAAGAACCUAAGCCAGGAAGAUGAGGAGGAUGAUGAUGCCUAUAUUCAUUUUUCCACGGUAAGUUAGCUGUCAUUGGAGGAAAGGAUGUUUUGUUUUUUGGCUGGUGCCACUAAGCGGCAGGAUGAAAAAAAUCUUAUCUUCUGAUUUGUUGUCCGAGAGGGAAAGUUGGCCCUAACUUUCCUGCUCAGAAUUGCUUACUUAGCUGUUCUUACACACACACAAAAUAUAAUACAUCCUCGAUACACCACUUCCUCUACUGAACUAGCUGGCUAGGUAUUGGCCUCAGUCUUUGAGGCUAGAAGUUGUCGCAGGCCAUAGAAAUUAAAACGGAAGGUUCUUCGCGAAUCUCCUGCCAUCUUGAGUAUUUUGAGGCCUUUUUUUUCACUGCUCUCUACUACCCUCCUUUUUUAGUUUCUAUAUUACAUCCCUUUCCCUGUCUCAAUGGUUACCCAUAGCAUUUUAUUAGGUUUUAUUAGUAACGUAAAGCAAACCUCUCCUUGAUGGGAGCUUUGGCGUUAUCACUGAACAUUUAAGUAGAGCAGUGUCAGACCAGGAGCGUGACAUAAACAGGGGGCCCACCCUCUUGCUGAAACAAAUUAUCUCAUCAACUUGGCCUUGUGGUCCUUGGUUUUUGUCUAAGCAUAAGAGGAGGGGGUGCCAUGGAUGGUGUGUGGAACCCCCACACCCCUCCCCUAGAUUUGCCAUUGUAGAGUCUCUACCACUCAGAUGGCUUUUCUGACCCUAGUGCAGAGGAUACACUUGAUAACAAAUCACGUUUCCCUCUACAGGACCCUGAAGAGUGGCAAUUGGAUGAUGUAUUACUGUGGCUAGCUGCGACUAAUAAUUACUUGUAUGCAGAGGUGUUUAGAGAAUGUGAAAUUACUGGGGCUAAGCUGCGGGAAAUGACAGACGUGAAACUUGCUCAGAUGAACAUUUCAGAUAGCACUCACAAACAGUCCCUUUUGCUUGCUAUUCAAGAGCUCUUCACUGGACUGUCAGAAACUGUGAGUAGAGCUUUCAACUGUGGUAUGUUCUCACUGGCACCAUCCACAAACAAUACCUGUAAUGCUAAUGAAAUUUGGGAUACUCAGCCCGAGGCAGUAGUAGUGGGUAGCUCCUGGAGGAGAGAUAGUUCAUCGCCGCGGGCAGGUGGUAGGAUGCCUAAAGAAGUGUACUAAGCACCGAAAAGACGGAGCACUCUAUUAGGGAGAGAAACUGACCUUAAAUAAGAAAUCAUGCAAAGUCUCCAAUAGGAUAGCCCUGGGCUAUACACGGUGUGCAAGUGUUACACAAUAGAGUUUAAGGCUAUUUUAUUGCGGAGUCUCCAGGGAGAAUGAAAGCUGUGUUUACACUUACAAAAAAUUAGCUAGCUAGAGCUUUAUGCAGGUAGAUAUACUUCUGUUGUUAUUGGUGCAACUGUUUUCUUUUUGGGAAGAACUGCAUCGGCCGUCAUCUGCUAAAGUUCUAACAAAGUAAGAAUGGAUCUCAUAGCUGGGUUGGAUAAAUAAAGUUUUACCCUAUAUUAUUUUCUUACUACCAACAGAGAAAACCAGGAAUGUUUGGCAGUCUUCAGUCGGCAAAGCCUGGUUAGUUUGCAUUUUGCUUUCAUUCAAAAUCAAAUGAAAUCAUGUAUAAUCAAGUAAAGGAACUUUUAUUUGCUGCCUUAAUCAGGAGUUGUUAUCACUUCUGCAUAGGAAUACCUGAAAGUUUGUUAUUCCAUCCCAUCCCUUCCAUUCAAUUCCAUCCAUUCCAUCCCAUUAUCCCACAAAAUAAAGUUCAACAACCCGGUUUGGAUUGGGAAUGUUUUGGCAGUCUACAAGAUCAGUUCGUUUGUUGAAGGAAUUAAUAACUUCAGGGUUGAAGCUAAAAAUACUUAGGAUGGAGUUUAUACUGCCUUUGUCAUGUAAAUGAGUAGAACUUCAUUUGGCAUAAAUGAUCACAUAUCCACCAGCUGUAGGGGAAAGAGUAACUAUAACCUUGUUCAACAUUAGUGAACUUGAAAUCCUGAAAUAUACCAACCAUUACAGUCAAACCGGCAAAACCAUGAACACUUGAAACAUUUCAGGAAUGUUUAUUAAUAAUUGUGUGAACUACAAAACCACACACUAAAUAUUUAUGUUCUUGCGUGCAGCUUGCAGUUUAGUUUCUUACUCCCAGGUUUGCUUUUUCCUUGCAAGACAAUAACAUUCCAGAAAUAUUAUUUUCUGGUGUUCAGUAAUUCACAGCAUUUCACUUUAUUUCACCAAACCACUUGUCCACCUGUGGGCUGGUAGGCCUGUGGUAUAUAAGUUACGCUCAGAGUGGAUUGACCACUGAUACUUUAUUCCUCUUUCACUACUAGGUACAAAAGGUAGUCAUUUAUUUAAAGAACAAUCAUUUCGUACACUGCAGUGGUGUGACAAGUGCGGCAAGUGUCUGUGGGGACUGUUCCGACAGGGGAUGCAGUGUUCGGAAUGUGGGUUCCAAUGCCACAAGAAGUGUAUGUUUGACAGCAUUGUCGUGUGUCCAAGGAGACGUUUGAGAAAAAGAAGAGAGAGUGAUGCUGAGGGUGAGCAUCGCGAACUUACCAACUAUCUGCCCUGGUCUUAACAUCUUGUAAAACUUUGGUAAUAGAAGUCAGAUGUAGUGUUACAAGAAGUAAGGUUUGCGGGAGUCCGUGAAUGAUCUUUGGCUGCACAGAGCUGCAAACAUCAGUCUGUCACUGGACAGUGUGUGACUAAAAUUGGGCCAUGUCUUAUACAAUCUUAACUGUGAUAUGAUACCUGCACAAAAUUUAAUACAGUCUACUCUCUUUUAACGGACACCUCUAUAAGACGGACACCUCUGUAAAAUGGACACUCAGAGUUGGUCCCUGCCUUUCUUUACUCCCUUUAUUUGACUCUCUAUAAGACGGACAUCUCUCUAAGACGGACACAUACUGCAGGUCCCCAAGGUGUCCGUCUUAACAAGAGUUGACUGUAGUAACCAAAGAUCGUCGCUGAUGAACAAAAUUUUACCUGGAGUGCAGUGACAUGCUGCACCAAUUGAAUUGACAGUGCAUCGAAUAAAUGGUAGAAAUCAGUCUAACUGGAAAUUCCAUGUCUACCAUUCACAGAUGUACAAUGUAUUCUUGAUUGAGUCCAACAAAAUUUUUGUCUUGUCUUUCCAAAAUACUGAUUUGGCUUGACAUAUUCAAGUCCUUUGGAGAAAGGAAAAUUAUUUGCAGCUUUGCUAUAAAUUCCAGAAAAGGCCAAAUGUUUUCAAUGUUCUCAUCCUCCAGACAAAUUUAAUGGGUUCUGAUAUGAGAAAAUCUGAUACAAAUUUACAAGAAUUUGAUUUUGUGGGUGAAUUACAUGUAGUCAUCCCUGUUUAGGACUACAAUGAUGGCAAUGAUGAUGUUGAUGAUGAGAGAAAAAUUGUAAUAGAGUUUCAAGCGAUUAUUUUGUUUAUUUAUAUAUAUAUAUCUAUAUGUAUUUUUUACUUCUUUCUUUUUCUUUUUAGUCCCUGUUUUUGGAGCAGAACUUGGAUUUCAGUUUCGUCCAGCAGAAAGGCCAGCACCAAUUGUGGUUAUGAAAUGUAUCCAGGCGCUUGAUAAAGGAGGGUUACAAACAUUGGGAAUCCACAGCAUUAUACCUACAGGAAGUGAAAAGAAUGCACUCAGAACUGCCUUGAAUCAAAGUAAUAAUCAUUAAUCUCCCAAUAGUUUUUGUAUUUUUUUGACAGACCUUUUUUCUUAUUACUUUAACAAGACUCCUUAAGCAUUUCUUACUGUAGAGUCUGUUGAGAAAAUCCUGGGAACUGAGCAUUACGUGAUCUGGGCUAGCAUUACACAGAGCUUGGCUAUUAGGCCAGGGCUCGAAACUGUAUCCGAGCAACAAGCAGCACGUGUUCAACAAAGUUCUUAUUCAGUUACUAUGCCCAUACUCUGGCGGGAGUUGAUGUAAGACUUGAAUAGUAAUUUCUAACAGAAGUUUUCAUGAUUUAUUGUAACAAUUAACAACUUUUCUGAUUUGUCCAACAGUGACCUUUCUUAAGGGAAAAAUAUGUGCAGGCUUGAAAAUUCUUUUUACAUAAUAGUUCUUCUUGUUUUUUCUUUAUUAGGUGCAAAGAAUGUGAACAUGGAAGAUGAAGAAUGGAAGAAUCCCCAUUGCAUUUCAUCUGUUCUUAAGAUGUAUCUAAAUGAGCUUCCCACGUGUGUAUUUACGGAAGAAAAAUAUUUCUCUUUUGUUAAAACUUUUAAAGGUAAAAUUAAUUUUGGAUUCUUUCUAUUUGAGGGUGGCAUUUAUACCAAAAUCAUAUCUUCUAAUUUACUGACCACAAUAAUAGUAUGGUAAAUCACUUGAUUAUAUUCAUACAAAACAGAGGCAUGUUUUAUGUUUCAAUGACUUGCUUUUUUUUUUUUUUUGGUGAGAUAGAAUUGGAGUUGUCUGGCUUGUGAUAUUUGAAGGAAUUGUUGUUGUUGUCUUUUCUUUUUCUUACAAGGUUAAACAGUAAAGGCGCACACAAUCCAAAAGCCCAAAGGGCCAAAGGUUAUACCGGUUUCCUUAGCAUGAAGCAUGCUUAGGAGUAUUGCUACUACCCCAAGGAUGGGAUACUAUAGUAGUCUAUUGCAGGUUACCCCCCCAGCAGUAUGUCGCCAGUUCCCAUUUACACAUCUGGGUGAAGAAAGAUAAAGUGGAGUAAAGUUUCUUGCGUAUAGAAGACAGGAGAGGUUUGAACCCCGGAGUUCGAGGUGUUAACCGCUCAGCCACUCACGCCUCCACUUUCUCUUACAAAUUAUACUCAAAUAAAUGCUUUUUUCUUCUGAUUGGGUGCGGCAUUUAUUCUAGGGUCAUUUUUUGUUGUAAUUUUGCUUCAUCCCGUGGCAUUUAAUUAAGUAAAAACAAUAUUGUUAGAAGAUGGCUCAUGGAUGUAUGUUACAAUCUCCCAUAACAAAUUAUUGCAAUGGUUUACUUCUUUUAAAGAUGGAAGCAGAGAAUCCGUUGGAGCCAGACUGCAAGAACUGGUGGAAAGUCUUCCAGAAGAAAACAAGUCCCUCCUCAAAUAUAUCUUAGAACAUUUAUACAGGUCAGAAAAGUUACAGUAUAUACGCUCUCUAUGAGGGCCUCUGUUGCACCUUGCUUUAACCUACAGGGGAGGAUCUAGAAAAUUCAGAAAGGGCUGGGACUUGAGGUAGAAUUUAACAAACAUCUCUCACGUCGUUUUUGAUGUUUUAGUUUUAGGAACAAAAAAGCCAGUUGCUAUUUGUUGAGGUGUUGUGCUCAAAAUGUACAUUAUGGAGCAUUUCUUUUAGACAAUCCAUUUUCUGUUUGAGGUAAUCCAAUGCUAACAGCAGUCUGCAAUCUUUUUGUAGUGUAAAGUUGAAUUUUUGAUUGAAAGAUCUGUAUUAAGUUUGGCUACCUUUAAUGCAGAAGCAUGUUUCUCACGUUUUUGAAAGGACUAACGAGUAACAUAUAUCUUAAGUUGAAAUUUAAAUGUAAGUAAGGAAUUAUAAUUUAUUAUUUGAAGAGUUGAUUACAAGGUAACAGCCGUGUUUUUUUUUUCAGAGUCAGCCAGAAUGUUGAGUGGAAUGACAUGUCAUCGAUGAAACUAGCUCGGAUAUUUGCUCCUCUUUUGUUACGACCAGAAAGAAAGAAUAUAAUGUAAGUUGAUUCUGUAGUGUUUUUGCGUAACCGAUUUAUUUUGCUCCUUGGCAUUCUUGGGACUUACCAUCACAACAAAAGAAAUUAAAAACAAUGCCUAUGCAAAAUUUUGGAGGGACAACAAAGAGUAUUCUGGUAUUUUUGAAAAAGGCCUAUUUAAGAAACAACUUCCAUUUAGGCAACUUUACAAUAUCCCAUUGAGGAUGAGCCCAAAAGUUAUUCCUUUUUCCAACGAGUUUGUUAACUGAAGCACGUAAAUAUCUGAGGGUAAAAUUCAUGUUAUUGUCUUACAGGGCAUUAAUUAAAAACCAUGAAGUAACGGUCGAAAUAGUAGACCACCUGACGAAAACUGGGGAGUGGACAGAAACAAAACCGCCAGGUAAAAUGUUUGGAUCCAUUUACGGAGAUCUAAGAUUUAAGAUGUUCUAGCUUGCGUUCAAUCGGUCGUUUCUCCCUUUUUUUACGUUCAUUUGCCGACGUUCGUGCUCCAGAAAAAAAAAGAAUGAAUGAACGCCUGAUCGCAUGCUAAAGCCCCGUGCAAACGGGCACGACAUUCUGGCCAAGAACUCCCAACAUUGUUGGGAGUUGUUGCGUCCGUUUGCACGUAACUUAAAGAUUGAACAGUUUCAAACUGUACGCAGUAACUCUCAACAACACGCAACAACAUGCAACAGGGUGUGCAAACGGACGAAACAUGUAACAUCAGAUAAAACACUCCUUCCCGUGUUCCAAAUGUUACUAGCCAGUGAUUGGGUAUUGGAUGACUCACGCCUUUUCGUUUUUUUUUUUUUAUCACUUCCCAGUGUUUGUAUAUCAGACGAAACACUCCCUCUCGUGUUUAAUAUUUUGCUUCUCGGUGUUUGAAUAUCAGAUAAAACACUCCUUCCCGUGUUUGAUAUUUUACCUCUAUGCGUUAAAGUAUGAGAUAAAACACUCCUUCUCGUGUUUAAAAUAUCACUCCAGAAAAAAAUGAAAACCAUGUAAACUUACUUUGGCUUGAGCUGUGGCAUUCUGUUCGUGCUUAAGUUUCUGCGAUCGCUUUGUAUUUUUCAGUACCUCCAAGAAGACCUCGAUCGUCAGCAGCUGAGCCUUUGGAGAGAUUACAAGAUUGUCCCUGGUACUGGGGAGACAUUAACAAGUGAGAGUCAAUUAUUAUUAACCGUCUUACCACAACGAUGGCAACGAGAGCAUGAACAAUAAAACAGCAAUGGGAUAAAGGAAAACAAAGCAAUAACUUUGCAUUCUUUAAUACUAAAAAGUUUUUUUUUUUCAUUUUAUAGAGAAACAGUCAGUGAGAGAUUAAAAGACCAGCCCGAUGGCACUUUUAUUGUUCGAGACUCCAGACGGUAUCCUGGCGAAUAUACUUUGACACUAAGGUAGAUUUGCUGUCCUUUAUUUGUUCCGUUUUGCCCAUCUUUAAGUCUCUUGGAAAAACAUACGCGGAGAGGCACUCUUUUCCAUUUUUCGACGUGAUUGUGUGACGCCCGGCUCUCAAAAACUUCACUCUAUUUCAGACAAAAAUACGCCACAUUGUAUACUUGUUUCCACACCUGGUUUCAUAGUGUUAAUUAGGGGUUUGCCAUACUUAGUAGGUUUCAUCGAAGCAGUAAAUUCCACGUUACCGUGGCAAAUUACCCUCUCAUUCAAGUUUUCAAAUUUUCAAGUUUUCCUGAAUGCAUUAAUCGGCUGUUGUUGUUGUUUCCUUAGAGCGGUUUUCACUUGACUGUCGUAAAACCAAAACCAAAGUAAAUACACUAGCCAACCAAAGGGCGUAGUAAAACCAAAACCAAAACCAAAACCAAUCCCUUUCGACAGUCAAGUUAAAACCGCUCUAAAACUUUAAAACUCAUUUGCGGUCCAGAGUGGCUUACUUUGCCUUUCGAGUGGCCCGUUCCUUUAUAGCUAAUGAUAUAGCGGAAUACCCUCGGUGGUUUGUAAAUGGUGUGAUUGAAAGGUGGGGUUUCGGUUCCACUGUACUUAAGCGUUCGCUUGCACUUUAUAAUUCAAUAAGGUCGGUUUACAUUUCAGGAAAGGAGGAGUGAACAAGCUUAUUCGAAUCUUAUACAAAGAAGGCCACUAUGGUUUUUCAGAGCCGUUGACUUUUUCCUCUGUGGUAGAGCUCAUAAAUUAUUACAAAACAAGAUCUCUGGCUUCCUACAACCCCAAGUUAGAUGUGAAACUCGAGAUUCCACUACAUAAAUUUGAACAGGUAAGUCAGUGCUCAAGUAAACUAUACUCGGAACAAGUAGUCUGUUGUGAUAUUUUCGCUUGUUCCACUGGUUCGCUUUUGAGGCAAUCCUGAAGCUAUGUUCACACUAUAAGAAAAGCUAGAGCGAUUUUCGUAUGACCUUGAAAAAUGGUUUCGGUAAAUGUUCGUUAUUUGUUUUAUCAGUCAACGGAUGAAAAGAUCAAAACAUGGACUCUUCAUUUUCGCGCAAAGAAAACCCUAAUAUGGAGAAGGUAUUGUUCGAUUGGCCAAUCGUGUUGCAGUAUGACGUCAAAGGGAAGUAUCGGUUGAUUUCUAGAAAGUUCGCGUGCAUGAAGUUUUUUCAGCCGAGCGUUCGCUUAACCAACCGAAAGCCACGCUCGUUUGUAUCCGUUCGACAAACCAAUCAAAUCGCUUUAUUUCCGUUCGUUUCUUGUUUCUGUUUUGUUCGUGCGUUUUUAUUUCAAUGUCAUACGAAAACUGUUCACACACAAGUCGUUCACACACAUCGAACAUCGUGCCAGAUCGUGCCGGAGCAGUUGGUCCAGAGGAUUUGGCCGGGUGAACUAAAUCCCAGUCCUCACUCCUGAAUAUGUUUUCCGUCUCAGUGGAUUCCAGUCCUCACUCCUACUUAUUCACUUCCACUACCAUUCAUUCACACUUCACCAAAGUGUGGUACAAAACCUAUACGUGACUCUCCGCUUUCGAGAUCUGCGCGGUGCAGCUUCGCUCCGCUACAGAAGUCGCGCCGAAAUGACCGUUUGUAUGUGUAAAUGGAAGCCCUACCCGGCGUAGUUUUUGUGCCGACGUAAGAUCUAUCCGGUAUCAUAGUGUGAAUUAGGGAGCUUUAGCAUCGAUGACGGCAUCGGCAGCGAAAACGUCAGUUUUAAAAUGAAUUUCCGUUUUUUCAAUCUUUGUUGUGUUUAUUCCAAUUUGCUGAAAAUGGCAAGUGGAGGCGAAUUUCCCUGGAGUUGAUUACUUGAGGACCGCAGUCAAGUUUAGAGAGAGAAAAAGAGAUUCGUCGCCGCUUCUUUACAUCCUCCAAAAAACUUGUAAUUAGGCAUUUUCACGUCGUAGUCGUGCAUAGCCUCCCACGCAGGCGUUUUUAGGGGAGCUCGUAUUUACGAGCUCCCCUAAAAACGCCUACGUGGGAGGCUAAGUCGGGGGACGGUCAAAAAAUGUACAAAAAAGCGUGAUGCACGUGCAAAGUUGUUGUUUUGCUAAUAUAAACCUAUUGCUUUUUGACGUCCUCGUUGCUGUCGCCGUCGUCGUUCCUAAAGCUCCCUAAUAACCUGAGUGACUGCCAGCAUUCCGCAGCAUGUGUAGGUUUAAUUUACACAUACCACUUUUCAUGGCUUGUCACACGACAGUUAAUAAAAGUGAAAAGGACUCGAAGCAACGACACGAAUUUACCCUUUUGUUGUCAAGUUGUUUGAAAAGUCGAUGUUGCCUGCUCGCAACAUAUUUAAACAUUCGAGACGAUUUUAAUGAUUGUUUCAUUUCAUAUGCCUCGUUUUUUCAAAUAAUAAUUUCCUCACUUGUCUCAUGACACGCGUGCGUGAUUGGGUGCGUGUCAUGAGACACUCGUGUCUCGCAGAACGCUCUACGAUACAAAAGUCUUGUAUCAGAAACUCUAGCAACAACAGCAAUUUUUGAUAAACCAUUUCAAUAUUGCGAUGUGAAAGUACUGCUGAAGACUUAAAUGAUCUCGCCAAAGAAAUAUUAGACCAAUUUCUGUAGUUUAAUGUUCGUACUUCCUCCGAGGCCUGGGGGAAUAAUAAAAAAAGAAAUCGCCUUUAAGUUUGGAAUGAAUGAUUCAUUUCUUUUGUUUUAUUUCCUCAAUUAUUGGCACCAAGUAUCAAUUUUAAUAUAUCAGAAUUGGUCUAAUUUUAAUUGAGCUGGGUAAAGAAGCGCGUAUCCUUUCGUGACACGCAUUACUUUAUAUGAGAGUCCCCCAUAGCGUUCUCCAAUCCCGCAAUCCCGACCCUAAAUUUCGAGCAAUCCCGUAAUCCCGAUGGUUAUUUUCGGCAUCCCACCUCCCGCGAUACUUUCAAUCCCGAAUCUCGCCCGGAUUUUGCUUUCAAAUCCUGAAUCCCGAGGUUCAGUUAAGAUAAAGGAAAUCCCGGAUCCCGAAAAACCCACUGGGGACCCUAUGAUAUGUCACAGCACGCGAGUCCACGUAUUCAUCACUAGUUUACUUCAAAUCCCAUUGAAGGACAAAUAUGCCAUUCAUCAAUUUCUUGGUAUUCAUUGUAACGGAGCCUGCUGGUUACUUUUCGCAGGAUGAGGACGAGGAGGGAGGCCAAGGGCCUGGUACUGGAGACGAUAAAGAUUUGUACAUAGAAAGACUCAGACGAGUUCAUCAGGAAUUUGUUCAGAAAUCAGACGAUUAUGAGAAAAUUCAUGAGCAAUUUGUUCAAUCAGAACAGGUUAGUAAGAAGACUCUAAGCACGCAACUUUGUAGUUGUCUCAAAUGAAUGCUUUGUGACGAAUUAUGGGCACAAAUUUAGGUCCCGUAGCCUACAGUGAAGGCAUAUUCUGGUGCGCGCGAGUGUGCAAUUUUCCUUAUGUAACCGCCAUCUUGAACGCUUUUUCGAUCAAGGGGGUGGGUGUUAGGCUGAAGAAUGAAGUGGGAGAGGGUGGGGCAAGAAAAUGUUCUCUUCGGUCUUUCCCACCCCCUUUGUUGCCUUCUUUGGCUUUCCCCAGCCCCCUCAGGUUUUAGGGAAUUCAUCGUAGUGGGUAGAUAGACAAAAACGGGUUGAAUUUUAAUGCUUACACGACUCAAGAGAACGCGAAUGAAUUACAAAGUAGCACUUUUCCUAAGUGACAAGCAUAACUAUUGAUAUUCAUUCAAAAUAUUUCUCCAUUUCUGAUUGCCGAAUUCUUUAUAACCAGCUGGCGUUUGCUGUCAUUUCAUAAUUUAAGUCAAUAAGAAUUGUAAAAUGAAAUACUGAAACAGAGACGACUGACUUUACUCAAAGACAGCGGAGUGGAAGCUCAGCUUUUUGGGCGAGAAAAUGGCGGAAGAUUUUACAAGUUAUGCGAGACGAAAUAGACCUCUUAACUUGUAUGUAUUGUUUUCCCAAUAGAGGUCCCAAGGGAAAUUAACCCUUUUUAUUAUAUGGAGGAGAGUGUUUUACUGGGAACUAAACCACUCGUAGAUUCCAUACGCCACUUCAUCCGGGACCCGAGAGGCGUAUUUUCCGUAUGUUACCUUUGUGAGUGUCGUAUCGUUCAAUGACGUCACGAUUCCCGCCUUUUGCUUUUGUUGAAUUGGUUUCUCCAUAUAAAAAAGAACAUUACACGUUAGCUCCGAUAUGGACCCAAGAAUGGUUUAUUUCGCUUCGCUCACUCGUGAGAUAUUGUUCUUGCCACUCGAACAUAAAAUUCAUAUCUUCUCGCCACCGUGUAAUAUCCUCUAUUUAUUAUAUAGACACGAGUGUUUUACUGGAAAAUAUACCACUCGUAAAAUUCAUAAAAACUACAUCCGGGACCCGAGUGGUUUAUUUUCCAUAAUCUCACUCGUGAGUUUACUCAUUUACUCAUUUUUCAAAGCUUUGGUUACAUUUUGUCAUUGUAGAGCCCUAUUCAGCUCAGUGUUAUGGCUCAAGAUUAUUGUAAGCAAUGUCUUAUAUUGCUGUAUUCUAAAUUUGAGCCGUAACAAUUACGUUUUGGCGAAUAAAAAUCUAUUACUUUAUCGAUGUCUUUCUCGUGGCAAAAACAAUAUUUUACUCACUCGCUCCGCUCGUUCGUAAAAUAUUGUUUUGCCACUCGAAAAUAAAAUUCAUAUCUUCGCGCCACCGUGUAAUAUCUUCUCUGUCUUUUCAUAAUUUAUGCGUAGAUAUGUACGUGAAUGAGACGAAAUUUGAAAGAAACAGUUCUCUAGAGUAUUAUCACAUGACCUGUAAUGGGAAGACAAAACAUACAAGCUAAAACGGUCUAUACUGAAUAACUGCCCCAAAAAGUUAGCAAGUAUGUAAGUAAACCGUAUGCUAGUUCAACCCUGUUCCACGUGUUUAGAAGUAAAACUUACGCUAGUUUAAGCCUGUUCAGCACGUUCGGAAGUAAAACUUAAGCUAGUUUAAGCCUGUUCCAUGCGCUCUGAUAGUGGGUAGAACCCUAUAAUGGUGAAGAUUUCUCCUUGUUCUUCCCUUCAAAAUGAGGUAAGUGCCUAAGACGGGCUGACUUAAAUUUGAAACGUGUUGUUGCAGGACAUAACUGACUGUCACGAAGAACUUGAUGCUCACCGUGAAAUCAUGAAAAUGAUUGAUGACCAGAUCACGCUGCAUGAGCAUUUCCAGAGAGAAGCCCCUCCGCAAAACAGAGCAAUGUAAGUAGCUAUCACGAUAUGUUCCCUUGAUUUUUGCCACUUUAGAAACGAGGAGGACGCUGGGCUUAGAACACUUUCGCAAAGACACCUGGGACUGUUCCACUUUUGGUAAACUUCAAGAUCAAGAAUGCGCUUUCAUAGUAUUGCAGAACAGUUGGUUUUAGGUUUAAACGGUUUAAAUUUCCUUCCCUUCUUUUAGCCUUCGCCAAAACUAUGAGUUACUGAGGCACAAGAAACAAGAGGCAAAUGCGCGGUUGAUGACACUUGAACGUGAAGUUAACAAUAAGAUGGAAGAGACACGCACCCUUACCAAGCGCAUGAAUAGCAUCAAACCAGAUAUAAUCAAGCUACAGAGAAGCAAGCAACAGUAUUACCUGUAAGUACAAACAGAUUCAGAUCGCACUCUAGGCUUUCGGAUAGUGCAGACCUUUGUUUUUAAGACGAGGACGACAAGAUGUUUCUUAAUCACUAAAUCAUGCGCGCGCGUGAACGAGCUUCAUUUUGGCGGAAAAACGUGAUAGCCGUCGUCAUUCUACCACAGGUUUUAGCGAGAUUGUUGUAGUAUCGGACACAAGGUGAAUGAAUAAAUUUUCUCGGUCCUGCAAGGUUUCUCAUUUACAGCACUAAGGAACUUUUGUCAAGAAAGUCUUUUUUGUUCUGGGUUUUGGCCCUAUAGAAGAAGGUUGAAAACGGGGUAACUUUAUUUUACAACAACUACCAUAACCAGGGUUCUAUCUAGGGUAUUUGAGGGGUAGAAGCUUCCCUCCCAAAAUGCCCAGCUUCCCCCCAAAAAAUAUUGUUAUCAUUACAGUAUAUAAGUAACUAUAUCGGAAAAAUCAUCCAGACGCGACAAAAUUGGGUCUCAAAAUGCACCAGAUUGCAUCUCAGCGCAUAUUCAUUUCAAGAAAUUUCCGGGGGAGCAUGCCCCCGGACCCCCCUAGGAAGCUCGUGGCCGUCGGCUACUCGGGACUUCUCCCCCAAACGAUAAAUCCUAGAUAGAACCCUGAUAAUUCUUUUCGUUAUUCCAGUGGUAAUUAUUGUGAUCCUCGUGAUGUUUAUUAGGAACAACAUUUUGAAGUUGCACAAUAGUCAGGAAAUGAAGGAUCCGAGAUGUUUCAGUUAAAAUAACGUCGUGGCAAUGAAAACCUGUUGUAUAUUUUUUCUGGUUCCUCUGUUCUGUAGGGUUCUUACAACUGCAAAGAAAAUGGAGAUCGAAGAGGUCAAGGCAGCGAUUGGCGAAGAGUAAGUCAAAGUCUUCAACCAGCGAAUGUGUUCACUAUAAUUAUGAUAGUUCGUGGCCGGAAAUGAUUAAUUUGAGACCUAACUGUACCUUAGCUUACAAAUCUGAUUAACAGUAAAUUCGGAAAGAACUGCCAUUAUCUUCCAUUUAAAUGUUGGCACCUAGUAUCAGUCAUUCACGCACUGUAAAAUUCGAAACGCCUUUAAUUAUAACCAUUGAUACAAUUUACUUAAAUUUGGUUGAUGCAUUGACUGCUAUAUUUUUCACUAAUUAUUACGUAGUGUAAUCGGACAGUUAGCUGUAAUCAGACACUUUUAAUCGGACAGUUACAUCAGCUAAUCAUAUUGAGUGCACACAGCUAAAUCCACCAAUCUCAGAAUUUAUCACAAUAACCAUACCAACAAACACUUACCCUACCAAACUGGGGAUUUCCCAAAAUGGACGAAGUUGUAACAUGAGACUGUGUCUGUGCUUGUGAUACUUUCCCUAAGUUUGGAUUUUUGGAAUUAAAAGCUUUUUCACAAAAAAAGAUUGCAUUUGUUUUCUUGGAAAUUGUAACGGUUUUGAUUAAUUUGUAACAGGACUUCGUGUCGUCCAUUUCUGUCUGUUAUCAUGCCCGUCAUUGACAAAUCGGACUUCCGCGUUAAUCACUCGUAUGAUUACAGACAGAAUUGGACUCCACUUAGUCCUAUUACCAUUUUAAGCUGAUCAGAAACAGAUUAACAUAAUGGUCUGCUGGAAGAUGAUGACUCGACCUCGUUCAUUAUUUACCUCUUAUGUUACUUUUUUCUUUCUCUUUUUUGCAGAGGAAGUGAAACUUCUGCGUAAGUUAUGCAUUUCAUUAUGAAUUAAUUAUACCACAGGCUACCCAUGUUGACAGUAAGUGCAGAGACACGGGAAAACAGACUAUGAGUCAAAGUGAGCCAAUUAUGUGGACAGUCUGGGGCUGUUUACAUGGAGGGACGAAAAUCCUAGAAGGCGGAUCAUCCUAGCGCCAUAUGUUUUCUGAGUUUACAUGCAAAAGGUUGCACUUGUCCUUAGUGCUAGGAUCUUCCCGGUACAAGCAUCUUCCUAGCCGAGGGGUAGGAUGAUUCUAGUACUAGGAAGAUCCUGGCAUCAUGUAAAAAAGGAAGAUUUUAGUAAUAGGAACAAACCAGACAAAAAUAGCGGCGGUUCGUUUAGUGGGUAAUCACGGAAAUAAAGGCCGAUCAUUUUGUUUGACGUUACCACGAGCUGAAUGUCGUCUGUCAUUUUUAAUUCCUGCUCUACUUGAGAACCACACAGACCGAAAUUUCUGCAUGUAAAUCCAAAGUAGAGUUGUUCCACUUUCUAGGAUUUUCCUGCUUCCACGUAAACAGCCCCGUAGACUUGCGUACCGUUUAUCUUUUCUUUCUACAGUCUACUCGAUGGCAAUAUUCAAGAGGACAUCUAUGAUCAGUAAGAGCUCUUUAAUUUUCAGAAUGACUUGUUUUGUUGCUGCUGUUAGAGUCGAAUGUACUGUAACCUUCUCAAGAUCUAAUCUGACAGUUCCUUUUAAAAAAGGCAUUAUGAAAACACCCUUCCGUUUGUCUGCAUUUCGCGAGUUUGCUUGGCGUUCAAGCUUUGGAUAAUUUAAGGGUUGCUGUGGUGACUUGUCUGCAUGUAACAAAAGUUAAAAAUUGACAUUUCACUUUGUUUUUUUUUUCUCAUUUGUAGGCCUCAUAUCGAUCUCUCUGCAUCAAGAUGGCUACGUGGAAAACUAAGCAAGUACGUCACGCUGUUUUGCUACCAAUCUGCUGUGGUCUUAAGCUUUAUUCAAUGGGGGUUGAGAUCCCAGAUGCCCAAAAAUUCCAAUUUUUGUGGUAAAAUACUCGAAAAUAAAUACUACUAUGAAAAGGUUCUGCUAAAGAGGUUUCAUUUGAAUGACAACACCAUUGAAUUUCGCUUAGAGGCUCAAAAGUUAGAACUACAUAAUAAAAAAACAGUACCUUGUGAAAGUACUGCUGAAGAGGUUUCGUUUGAAUGGUAACACCAUAGGAUUUCAUCCACAGACUCAAACGUUACUACGUACUAAAUGAAUAGUACCAUGUGAGAGUCCUGCUCAGUAGCUUUCAUUUGAAUGUUAACACCAUAGGAUUUCAUCCACAGACUCAAAAGUUCGGACUACAUACUAAAUAAAUAGUACCAUGUGAGAGUACUGCUCAGUAGCUUUCAUUUGAAUGGUAACACCAUAGGGAUUCAUCCACAGACUCAAAAGUUAGAACUACAUACUAAAUAAAUAGUACCAUGUGAAAGUACUGCUAAAGAGGUUUAAUUUGAAUGGUAACACCAUAGGAUUUCAUCCACAGACUCAAAAGUUACUACCUACUAAAUAAAUAGUACCAUGUGAGAGUACUGCUCAGUAGCUUUCAUUUGAAUGGUAACACCAUAGGAUUUCAUCCACAGACUCAAAAGUUAGAGUUACAUACAAAACAAAUAGUACCAUGUGAAAGUACUGCCGAAGAGAUUUCAUUUGAAUGGCAACACCAUUGAAUUUCGUCGAGAGGCCAAAAGCCGGUUGAAGAGAUAAAACUUCCAGAACUUGGUCUGGGUGUAAAGUAACGCUCCUUUACACAUUAGGGAGGUUAAGAUGACACUACGGCGAGGGCAACGAGAACGUCAAAAAAGCAAUAGGUUUGGAUUAGCAAAACAACAACUCUGCACGUGUACCACGCUUUUCUGUACAUUUCUUUGCCGUCACUGCACGACUACGAAGUGAAUUGCCAAAUUUCGGGUUUCAUCGACAACUUGAACAUACGACGACCAAUUUCGCUUUCUCUCCCUAAACUUGAAUUUCUUAAGAAUUCAACUCCGGGAAAGUUUGCCUGCAUUGGAUAAAGUGAGCGAGUUGUGAUAGUCGCACUGAAGUUUCAAAGAACGCGAAUUCACUUUUUGAGGGACGUUUUCGCCGCCGUCGCCUUUGUGGUAUCUUAAACUCCCUAUUGAUGUCUGUGGUGCAGAAUAUGUUACCCUGAUGGACUAGGGGGGUCUGGGUGCAAGAGCGGGAAUUAUUGUAGCUGUAGAAUCGUAAAAAGAGUGUUGAGUGUACCCCUGUUGUGUACAAGGAUGUGAUCCAGUCUGAUUGUUUUCUCAAAGUUGCUCUAUCAAAAAGUUUAUGGAUGCUGCACUCAUCAACGCCAAUGGCAAAGGCUUUAAAGAAUACUUUCAGAGUCAUCAACUUUGUUACCAAAGCUUUUCUUUCACUUUUACUUAGGGAUGAAGCUAAAGAACUUUUAGAAAACAAAGAAAAUGGUUCUUUCUUGAUCAGGGAAAGCGUGGUCAGAGCUGGCGAAUACGCCCUUGCCCUAAAGUAAGUUCAUUGUUAGUUUUAAUGUAAAAACAAAAAAAAAACAAAACAAAUUUUUAUUGAAAAUUGGAAAAUAACUAAUUACAUUACUUUCCCACCCGCAAAUAGCUUAUGAACUAAUCGAGGCGGGGGGAGCUAUGUACAUUUAUUGUAUAUAUAUAUAUAUACAUAUAUACAAUAAAUCUUCUAUUAAGCUCCCCAUCUCAACUGAGCCCCCUCUCCCUAAUAACCCCCCCCCUCCUUUCAGGGAAAGAAAGUUAAUAAGUCCCCCUCUCUUUUUUUUUUGUUCAUGGUUGGUUAUGUCAUUUUAAAGGACUGUUCAUACCUGUUUGGCGCGAAAUUCCGCACCGAUCGAAAAUUCCACUGUGACGUCACGAUAAUGGACCAAUAGGACAAUGAGUGAUAUUUCACGCCGCUCCCGACGCAGCUUAUGCCUGCGUGAAUGUAUAAUAUGAUUCAAAUCCAUUCAGGCGAAACAAGUCGACCUUUUAAGAACGAAAUUAUGAGAGGUCGACUUGUAGCAAGUCCAGUACUUAACUUGGACGUUCAUUGUCCUGUUGACGGAAGCAUGAUCAUAUAAGUUUUCUUAAACCCUGUGUAGAUUGGUCUCGCCGGGGAUUGAAUUCGGGCCUUUCCCUCAGAAAACCUAUGGGCAACUUUGUCCUAUCUCAUGGUUAUUUAAGUCAGACGUACGCUGCUGAUCUUGCACUUUAACCGGUCCCUCCCCUGUUAGUUUCGUCGAUAUGGGCCAUUUGUUAGGAUGUGCGUUGUUAACAACGAGCCCUGACUUUAGUUUCACAAGAAAUUGGUUGAUGGACCUAAACUAUGCGUUUUACUGUGAUAACAUCAGGCUGAUUUAGCAACAAAACGGGAACGUCAGUUGACGACGGCGCGCGCAAAUCAAACAACUGGCUUGACCGAUGGCAGAGCGGCAAAUUGAGCACCGGAAGUCGUGUUUAAUCCUUUCCGCGCGCUUUCCCGUCGUCAACUGACAUUCCCGUCCUGUUGCUAAAUCUACUGGUGGGAAAUAGGUGUUAAACCCUUUAACCAUUAACAGUGACCAAAAAAUAAGCUCUCCUUACGGUAACAUUGCUUAGUCAAAAAAGGCCACAAGAAAAAAGGAAAUAAUCAAAGGGUAAAGAAGGUCCUGAUAGCUGAACAAUCAUAGGAAAUGUAUGGAGACUACUUUAGAGAAUAUACAUGUUGAUAUUGGGAUGUUUCUCUCUCUUUUUUCGUUUCUAGGCACAGAGACUGUGUAAAACACAUUGCUAUUAAUCGAGGACCCAACCGUGGCUAUGGAUUUGCGUCAAAUUAUACCACUCACGUGACAUUAGAAGACCUUGUGCGUCACUACAACACAACAUCUUUACAAAUUCACAAUAGUGAACUCGAUACUACCCUGAUGUACCCAGUGGGGGACGAUAACUAGUCUCUUUAAAGGAUAGGUACUUUAAAAAAAACUAAUUCCACGCUGCUCCCUGAAGAUAACUAGCCUUCGUUCACUUUAUUUCAAAAUUAAGACCCAGAAUUUUAAGAUGUGAUAAAUUUUGACUAGAUCAAAGCUAGAAAAUAAGCCCUUUCUAGAAGACGAAAUAUUAAUUUUUAUUACGGUAAAACUGUUUAAGGUGUAUGAAAAAAACAGACUAUGCCUUAGGCGUUAUUGACCAAGGAAGUUUGUUCUCCAUAUCCAUGUGCUUCCACCUUUUAAGAAGCUUUUAAGAUCUUACGCUUAGAGUAUUCGUCUUGUAAACUUCUGUUUCUAGUUAAUCGCAAUGUGCUUAAGGUUUUAAAUUUAUUUCUGCAAAAACUGGUUGGUCCUAAUGAAAGGCUUUUCUAUUUUGGCCAUGGGGUGGG